AUGAACUUUCUUAUCCCGCUGGCCCAGGUUUUUGGCGGCUGCUGCUGCAACGUCUACUCGUUUGAGGCGCUUCUAGACCAGGGCAAACGUCUUCCCGAACACCCGGACGUGGGCCAUGUCGUGACGCUUUUACAGUUCAUGCUCGUUUCUCUUGUGGCCGUGCGGCCCCAUCUCGUUCGGCACGGCUUCUUUUACACUUUCCGCCGCCCCAAGAUCCCGCUUAACCGCCACAUGGUGUCCGUUGGGCUUUUUUUCGCCGUUCUGGUCCUCAACAAUUCCGUCUGGCGCUUUGGCGUCAGCGUCCCGAUCCACAUCACCCUCCGUUCCAGCGCCGCAUGUGUGACCAUGGCCGUGGGCUAUGUUUUUGGCGGGAAAAGAUACACGCGGAGCCAGAUUUGCGCUCUGGUGUUGAUGCUGGCGGGUUCUGCCAUGGUGGUGUGCCAAAAAUCACAAGAUUCCCACAGCACGCUGGAUGGCCUACGGUACUUUGUAGGCGUGGGUGUUUUGGUGGCUGCGCUGGUUCUCGGGGCGUUUCUCGGGCUCUACAAUGAAAGGCUCUACCGCAAGUACGGCACCCAUUGGCAAGAAACGCUUUUCUACUCGCAUGCGCUUGCGCUUCCGCUCUUUUUGCUUUUGGGCCGAGGCGUGUGGACAGACUUGGUGACAAUGUGCCGCAGCGGGCCGUUCUACUCGCUUGAAACAUGGGCCUCUCUGUUUUCGUUGUUCGCUUCUUCCAAGACUCUAGGCAACUUUCUGGUGCUGCGGCCUGCGCUUCUAUUGGCCCUUAAUGCGGCCACUCAGGUUGUUUGCGCCCGAGGAGUCAACCAGUUGGCUGGUCGAGCACUGUCUCUAACGGUAGUGGUUGUUCUUUUGGUUCGCAAGUUUUUGAGCUUGGUGCUCAGCUCGGUGGUGUUUGGAAACCGCUUUAACUUGCAGGGCUACAUGGGGUCUUUGCUUUUGGUGGCAGGCACCAUCCAAUACGCCAUGGCAACGUACAAGAAGGAGAAGGUGCACUAG